UCAAACAUUAUUUUGUACCGCUUAUUUUGUACAAACCGCACUUGUCCCGCAAAUAUAUUUCUCCCAUACGUACCGCACUAUAAUACUGUUUUUCUCACACAACCAAAACCGCGGUUACCAUUGGGACCAUUAUACUAUUAGUGGAGUGCAACGAGUCUUUGUACUUUUGUAGUCCCAAAACCGCACCGGCAAAUAUAACGUCUUGAAAGCAACCUACGAAUAAAGGUUAUGGGCUUCGAUGGGCUUUAGACGAUAUUAAGCCCAUAGAAUCAGACGAAUCUCAGCGUUGAAUAUUUUAUAUUAAAUCCGACGGACGCAAAUCUUCUCCAAACGAAAAGGCGGGAGAGAGAUCUAAACGAACGAACGCAACCAUUUAACUACCACAACCGCCAUUGCUUAGAGCAAACAUUAUAAAAGACUACUUCAGUGUCGUUUGUUAAUGAGCGCAUAUGAAACAUGACUGAUAAUGCAGAGAAAUCGAAAGCGAUUAAUACUGAUGGAGAGAGAGAUGAGUCUGAAGAACAAUGUAGCGAUGAUGAUUCUGAAACGAGAGAAAUCGUUCUCGGCCUCCCUGCUUUGAGUAUCAGCAGUAGAGUAACUGGUGAUAUUAUUGUCCCUGAAAGAGAGGAAAAUGAAACGCCUUUGAACGAGCAAGAGGAGGAAAAUGAAGCGCGUUUGAACGAGCAAGCGGUUGCUGCGACAGGGUUGGUUGUGGCUGCGGCAGAGGAAGCUUCUAUGAAAGGGAAGAGUGAUGCGGGUGCGGGUGCGAGUGAAUAUCGUGUGGAUGAGCAAGCGGUUGCUGCGGCAGGGUUGCUUGUGGCUGCGGCAGAGGAAGCUGUUAUGAAAGGGAAGAGUGACGAGUGUGGUAGUGGUGGGAAGAAGAAGAGUGAGGAGGGAGGGAGCGGUGGGAAGAAGAAGAGUAGACCGAGGACUUCGACUCAAACUGAUGAUGAGGCGGAUGGUGUAAGCAAAGGAGAAGCGAAAAAGCCGAAGAGGAAAGGUUCGGAAUUAACUAAUCCACCGAAAGGACCACCAAUUUGUCACAUUUGUGGAAGAGGUUUUGGUUCUUGGAAGGCUGUGUUUGGACACAUGAGGGCUCACAAGGAUAGAAACUACCAAGGGUUUCUUCCUCCUCCUACAUUCUCUGCGGCGGCUGAAGACUUUACGAUCCCCGGGAAAAGCUCUGCUUUUUCUCUUGUCACUGCAGGAGGAGGAAGUUUUGUUGCUAUUGCAAGCGGAGGAGGAAGUUCUGGUGGUUUUGCAAGCGGAGUAGGAAGUUCUGUUGGCAUUGUCAGCGGUGGAGCUGGUGGGGCUCCGGGAGGUGAAGGUGGGAGAGAUGGAGGGAUUGAUCUGAAUGUGAAGGUCGUGGAGUAUACAGAAGCAGCGAGUGGAUCCGGAACUGCUGCCAAGUUCGAUCUUAAUAAAUCCCCACCAAAAGAAGAUGAGGAAGAGGAUAAAGCCAAGUGAUAAUCUGUUCCAGUCAACUCAUUUAACAAUGUUAUUAUUCUUUUUUUUACAUACAAUUAUAUAUCGUUGAACUUAUUAAAUUAGCUAAUAUGUGCUUUUGUGUUG